AUGUCGCUCCAGAGCAACGUAUUGCCCAAUCCGAACCAUCUGUGCCAGAGCAAUACACCGCUGGAGAACCUUCCAGCUGAGAUCCGGCGUCACCUCCUUUCUACACUGGAUUAUGAAGGACUAAAGGCCCUAGUCCACGCGUCUUCCAUCUAUCACCAGCAGUAUCUGCUAAAUCGUCACCAUCUACUCUGUAAAUGCUUAGAGACAACUUUGGGUAGCAAUACCACCGGCGCUUGUGCUGUUUAUCAGUCUGGAUUGGUCGAAUUUUCAAAAACGCGCACUGAGGAGAUAAUCACUCAGUUUCUUGAAUCCUAUGGGAAUAGCCGCUUUUUGUCCCAGUAUUCAUUUCUGAAGACGCUUAUCUUGGACCAAGUCAUCUCGAUAGUGGCCUUUCAUCUCUCAAUUAUCAAGCCUCUUGCCCGGUACUAUGCUGGUUGGACAGUGGUCAAUCUUGCUAAAGAUACCAAGGACACACAAGACUACUUAUCUCUGAGCAGCACAGAAGAAACACGGUUGACGCGUGCUCUGUAUCGCUUCCAACUCUACUGUAACCUCUUUGGGGUCAGUUGUUACAGAUCUCGCCGUCAAUGGAUGUUGGAAUUUGAGAGUGAGGUUGAGGAGAUUGCCUGCAUUUACACUUUUGCAAAGACAACAUUCAACCAAGUUUUUGAUGACAUCCGCUGGGAUGUCCACCAAGAUAAUCCGAGGUUUGAUGGACAACACCGGCCGCCCACCCCGCAAGGGGCAUUUAAUUUUGAUAGUGGAUACACCAGGGAUCUCCUUCUGGAGAGAAACCUCUCCCGUGGCCUCGAGCUGCUGCAUGAUGUUCUUUUUAAGAUCAAGGACCAUGCACAACUGGAUAUCCUGGAUAAUACACCACAGUCCAGGCGGCGCCGACUACACCCCACGGAUCAAGACUUGAAGCAAAAACGACGUGACCCAUUACCUUUCCAGGGUGGUAAUGAAGAAUUUCCACCACUGGCCCGGACUCUAAUAUGGCAGGGGACCUACAGCAACCUGUUUGGAUGGUACAUUAAGGAUGAUGUCCGCAGCUGGGGAUACAUUAUGUGGGGUGCAGCACGACUUGAGCGCACAGGCGUGAAGGAGGUCUUGCAUCGACAGUGGAAAGCGUGUUGGAAAGACGUUGACCCAAGGAAUAGGCUGCGGUACGCCAAUUAG